AUGGCAACCAGAUCAUCGCUGGUGCCACUGCUGCUCAUUGCAGUAGCUGUUGCGCAGAUUGUUGGGUCACAAGCUGGCAGCAUUUCCAUAUACUGGGGUCAGAAUGGCGGUGAGGGCACACUGGCCGACACCUGCGCCACCGGCAACUACAAGUUUGUCAACUUGGCGUUCCUCGUAACCUUUGGCAAUGGCCAGACUCCAGAGCUCAACCUGGCAGGCCACUGUGACCCCACAAGUGGUGGCUGCGCAAGCCUAAGCGACGACAUCAAGUCAUGCCAGAGCAAUGGUGUCAAGGUCAUGCUCUCGAUCGGCGGAGCUUCAGGUAGCUACUACCUUUCCUCAGCUGCGGAUGCCAAGAAUGUUGCCACAUACUUGUGGAACAAUUUCUUAGGGGGUCAGUCAUCUUCUCGCCCCUUGGGCGAUGCAGUCCUCGAUGGCAUAGACUUUGACAUCGAGGGCGGCACCACCGAGCACUGGGAUGAUCUUGCAAGAUACUUGAAAGGGUACAGCAACUCUGGCAGGAGGGUGUACCUGACUGCUGCACCUCAGUGCCCGUUUCCUGAUGCCUAUGUCGGUGGUGCACUCAACACCGGCCUGUUUGACUACGUCUGGGUGCAGUUCUACAACAACCCUCCUUGCCAGUACAGCUCAGGCAGCACCACAGAUCUUUCUGAUGCAUGGAAGCAGUGGCUGUCGAUUCCGGCGAAGCAGAUCUUUCUUGGCCUCCCGGCUUCGCCUGAGGCAGCUGGCAGUGGGUUUAUACCAGCCGAUGACCUCAAGUCUCAGGUGCUUCCGUUGAUCAAGAGCUCAGGGAAAUAUGGAGGGAUCAUGCUGUGGUCCAAGUACUAUGAUGACCAAGAUGACUACAGUUCUUCAGUGAAGAGUGAUGUUUAG